UGGAAAGAAAUACAUGACACUAUAAUACUGAACGUUUAAAUACUUACUGACAAUUUGCUACUUUAGCUGUUAUAUCAUAUUUAAAUAAUCUCCAAUCAGCAAUGCCAUCAUCUUGUUUAAGUGGCGCCAAUAGACUGAAACCAUCUUACUUUUCCAUCAACUACGUCUUGUCAUUGAAUACGUACACUUGAAUUUACGAAUUAUAAAAUGUCAUUAAAUAUUGGAUGUUGUUGAUGAAUGAUACAUUAUUGUAAAACUUGUGGAACAUUGUGACACGGUAAACAAUUCGGCGAGCGAUGCAAUUGACUGACUAACAAAAUUUCUGAUAUAACUCCGGAGAAAAAUUAUGUAGAUAAAAUGGUUGCAAAUACAGCAGAUGAUAUGAAUGAAUCCAUUUACCAUGAAAGACAAGUGAAAGAACUUUGUGCUUUACAUGCAUUAAACAACCUGUUCCAAGAGAGAGGGUUUAGUAAACAGGAAUUAGACAAAAUUUGUUAUAACUUAAGUCCGGAUGUAUGGAUCAAUCCUCAUAAAUCAUUGUUAGGACUUGGUAAUUAUGAUAUUAAUGUUAUUAUGGCAGCGUUGCAACAAAAAGGACGUGAAGCUGUUUGGUUUGAUAAACGCAGAGAUCCUACAUGUCUCUGUUUAGACAACAUAGAAGGCUUCAUAUUAAAUGUACCAACAGAAUACAAAUUAGGUUUUGUGUUGCUUCCUCUAAAAAGACGUCAUUGGAUUGCCCUGAAAAAAAUUCAUGGUGCCUUUUAUAAUCUUGAUUCAAAACUGGAUUCUCCUCAACUCAUAGGAAAGGACCAUGAUUUACUUGUGUAUCUAAAGGACCAGAUAGACAGUAAGGAGAAAGAAUUGUUUCUUGUUGUAUCAACAGAAAUAGGGAGUAAUCAAGGAUGGCUGUUGAAUACAUAUGUGAACAAAGAAGGGAUUGGUACAGAAAAUAAUUCGAUAACAUACAUCGAAGAUGUUUACACUGAUGUAGACUUAAUAAAACAGGAGUCUAAAGAAAUGAAUGAAAAUGAAGAGUCUGUAGAUAAUAAAAACUCUAGGCAAUAAAAAAAAGAAGUGAACAGACUAAAAAAUGCUUUGAAUAUUACAUUGAAUAUAUUGUAUAUGAAAGAACGAAGCAUAAUAAUUUUUUU